AUGGCAACCAUUAUUGAACGUAAUGUUGCUGACUCAAUCGAUGAUUUAGUUAAAGAAGCUGAAAUGUUGAAAACACGUUUGGAAGAAGAACGUGCCAAAUUUAAUGAUAUGGAAUUAACAACGGUCGCUGAAAAACUUGAUGCCUUACCACCUUUCAGUACUAAGUCAAGACGAUUAUUAAAAGGCCAUCAAGGAAAAGUUUUGGCAUUGGAUUGGUCUGUCGAUAAACGACAUAUGGUUAGCACAUCUCAGGAUGGAAAACUAAUUGUUUGGGAUGCUUUCACAACAAAUAAAGAAAAUGUUAUUACAAUGCCGACAACAUGGGUGAUGACUUGUGCUUAUUCUCCCUCUGGAACAACAGUUGCAUGUGGAGGUUUAGACAACAAAGUGACACUUUAUCCACUUAACUUAGAUGAAGAUGUUAAUAAACACAAAAAAGUCGUUUCUAAUCAUUUAAAUUAUAUAUCGUCGUGUAAAUUUAUGCAUUCUGAUCAACAACUGUUAACGGCAAGUGGUGAUAGUACCGCAAAGUUAUGGGAUGUUGAAAGUAGUACGGCUAUACAAACAUUUCAAGGUCAUCAGGCGGAUAUAAUGGGCAUCGACGUGUCACCAAGUGAAAGUGGAAAUAUAUUUGUAUCUGGCAGUUCCGACCACAUGGCAAUGGUUUGGGAUAUCCGUACUGGUCAAUAUGUACAAACAUUUGAAGGCCAUGAAUCUGAUGUGAAUUGCGUUCGAUUUUAUCCAAGCGGUGAUGCGUUUGUUACUGGCUCCGAUGAUGCAACGUGUCGUUUAUUUGAUUUACGUGCUGAUCGUCAAGUAGCUAUUUUCAAGAAAGAAUCAGUUAUAUUUGCCUGUAAUGCCGUGGAUUUUUCAUUGAGUGGACGUCUAUUAUUUGGUGGUUAUAGUGAUUAUUGCAUUGAUGUUUGGGAUACAUUAAAAGGUUCCCGUGUUGCAAUAUUGUAUGGUCACGAAAAUCGUGUUAGUUGUUUGCAAAUCUCACCAGAUGGUACAGCAUUGGGAACAGGAAGCUGGGAUUGUACUCUCAGGAUAUGGGCAUAA